GAAGAGAGAAUGGGAGGGUAAGCAGCUGCUACUCAGUCAAUUUUCAAACCAGUCACUGCCUCUUGAUUAUACACACGUUUUCAGCGGAGCACAUCAACCGGACAACAAAGGGCACUGCCACCGUCCUAACUGUGACAAGCCCACUGAACUCCAGUGUUUUCUUUCGCAUCUGCCUGGAAGUAGUGCAUCAGUUCAGACUGGAGGUCACAGUGACCGAAGCGUUAAUUGCUCGCGUUGACAGUACAGCCGUACUCGUCAGCUUAGGCAGCGACAUGGAGAUGGAGCAUUUCGACGAUCGGGACAAAGGUCAGAGGCACGGCCGGUCCAACGCUAAGAUGAACGGGGUGCCUAGCCCCACGCACAGCGCCCACUGCAGCCUGUACCGGACCAGGACCCUGAAGACCCUGAGUGCCGAGAAGAGGGCCAAGAAAGUUCGCUUCUACCGCAACGGGGACCGCUACUUCAACGGGAUCGUGUACGCCAUCUCCUCAGAUAGGUUCCGGACCUUUGACGCACUGCUAGCCGACUUGACCCGCUCUUUAUCUGACAACGUCAACUUGCCCCAGGGGGUCCGGACUAUCUACACCCUGGAUGGCAAGAAGAUCGUCAGUAUUGAUCAGCUGGUAGAAGGUGAGAGCUAUGUCUGCAGCUCCAUUGAGGCCUACAAAAAGCUGGAUUACACAAAAAACGUAAACCCCAACUGGUCAGUGAAUGUCAAGGCCUCGUCCUCUUCAUCACGUGGGCCUCCGUCCCUGAGCUGUGCCAAAGCUUGUGUCUCAGACGGCCGCGAAGGCAAGGACUUCAUCCGUCCAAAGCUAGUAACGGUGGUUCGAAGUGGAGUAAAGCCCCGCAAAGCCGUGAGGAUCCUGCUGAAUAAGAAAACAGCCCACUCCUAUGAGCAGGUUCUGACCGAUAUCACUGAUGCCAUCAAGCUCGACUCUGGGGUGGUGAAGAAAAUCUACACGUUGGAGGGCAAACUGGUUGCAUGUCUGCAGGACUUCUUUGGUGAGGAGGAUAUUUUUGUGGCCUGUGGACCAGAGAAAUUCCGCUACCAUGAUGACUUGAUGUUGGAUGAGAGUGGUAAGGGAAAAGAGUGCCGCAUGAUGAAGUCAGUGACCUAUGGCAAGAUGUCAGGCUCUCUCAACCGAUGCUCUCCCAGGACUGUCAUCCAAUCACAUCGCAGCAAGUCCCCAGCUUCUGUGAACGGGACGCCGGCCAGUCAGCAGUCCACUCCUCAUUCGGGGAAAUCUCCCACCCCCUCCCCGACCAGCCCAGGCAGCCUCAGCCGAUGCCAGGGGUCACUGGGUUCCUCCACCUCUUUGUCUUCCGCCCAGGUUUCUAGCCCAGCGGAUGACAGCAAUGAAGUCAAUCCUGAAGCUGAGAUUCUCCAGGACGAAGUUCCUGCUGUGCCGUCCUACAUAUCGGACCGCUACAGGGUGGGCCGGAUGCUGGGCGACGGGAACUUUGCAGUUGUGCGCGAAUGCGUGGAGCUCUCUACGGGAAGGGAGUACGCUCUGAAGAUCAUCAACAAGGGCAAAUGCAGAGGCAAGGAACACAUGAUUCAGAAUGAGGUGGCCAUCCUCCGCAGGGUCAAACACCCAAAUAUUGUUUUACUCAUUGAGGAAGUGGACACUUAUAAUGAGCUUUACCUGGUCAUGGAACUGGUCAAGGGGGGAGAUCUGUUCGACGCCAUCACCUCUGCCAACAGAUACACGGAGAGGGAUGCCAGUGGGAUGCUCUACAAUCUGGCCAACGCCAUCAAAUACCUCCACAGCCUCAACAUCGUGCACAGAGACAUCAAACCAGAAAACCUGCUGGUGUAUGAACACGCAGAUGGCAGCAAAAGUCUGAAACUGGGAGACUUUGGUUUGGCGACGGUGGUGGAUGGACCCCUCUACACGGUCUGCGGGACCCCAACAUAUGUAGCACCUGAAAUUAUUGCAGAGACAGGGUACGGCCUUAAGGUGGACAUCUGGGCAGCGGGAGUCAUCACCUACAUCCUAUUGUGUGGUUUCCCACCUUUUCGAGGGAGCAGUGAGGAUCAAGAAGCCCUUUUUGAUCAGAUACUGAUGGGGCAGCUUGAAUUUCCUCUUCCGUACUGGGACAACGUGUCAGAGACAGCAAAGGAUCUGAUCCGGUCCAUGCUGGAGGUGGAGGUGGACCAGAGAUACACUGCCCUGCAGGUGCUGGAGCAUCCUUGGGUUACUAAUGAGGGUCUGUGUGAAAACGAACACCAGCUGUCUGUAGCGGGAAAGAUAAAGAAGCACUUCAACACUGGGCCCAAGGUCAACGACACCAACGCUGGGGUGUCAGUCAUUUCUCUGGAUGACAGCUUUUCUAUGCAGCGAUCUGGGUCGUUGGAUUUCUACCAGCACCCAGCUAUGUACUGGAUAAGGUACGCCAGGUUUCCAUGGAGAUGUGAAAAAUGCCACAAAGUGGUCAGAAUUCAAAACAAGCUAAAAUAG